AUGACAUCAACUGGUGACUAUGUAACAACAUCGGAUGAUGAAGAAUCCUUUGAAGAUGAAAAAAUAAUAGGUGGAUCAUUUCGUAAUGGUGAAUUUCAAGGACGACUUUUUAAAUGGACAAAUUAUUUACAUGGUUGGCAAGAAAGAUAUCUUAUAUUAAGACAUGGAUUUUUAAAUUAUUAUAAAAAUGAACUUGAUAUUACUCUUGGCUGUCGUGGAGCUCUAUCUGUAAGACAAGCUAUUAUUCAGCCUCAUGAAUUUGAUGAUUGUCGUUUUGAUAUACGUGUCAGUGAUUCAGUUUGGUAUGUACGUGCAUGUAAUCGUGAAGAUCGUGAACGAUGGAUGCAAGCUUUAGAAGAUCAUAAAAAUAUAUGUAAAAGUGAAUCUGGUUAUGGAAGUGAAACAAGUUUAAGACGUCAUCCAAGUCUUGGAUCAUUGGUAUCGUCAUCUAGUGCUGGUGUUGCUUCAACUGGUUCAUUUAGAAGAGAUCGUAGUUUAAAAAUAAAAUUAAGUGAAUUAGAAACAUAUCGUGAAUUACUUUCACAACAAGUUGCAACAUUACAAACUUAUUUUGAUGCAUGUGCUAAUGCUGUUACAACAGGUUUCGAACCAUAUCAAAAAGAAUAUGAGAAUGGAACUGAUUUAGAUUUUGAAGAUUCAUUGGAUAAAAAUCAUGUUACACCAUCAUUAGAUGAUGAAACAAUUAAAACUUCACCAUCGAAAUCAAGAAUUGAUCGAUUGUCACUUGUUGAUCAUGCAGCUAUGUCUGUUGAUUUCAAAGGCGAAGCUAUAACAUUUAAAGCAACUACAGAUGGUGUGAUACAUAAUUUAACAUUUUGCAUUGAAUUAAUGCAAAAACGAGAAGAUACUUGGAGAAAAAAAUAUGAAAAAGAAUUAGAACGUCGAAAGAAAUUUCAAGAUUUAUAUACUAAUACAAUAAAAGAAAAAAUUCCUGCACUCGGUUCACCCGAUGCUGAAGAAGGACCAUAUAGUACAUUAAAAGAAGAUGAAUUUUUCGAUGCACUUGAUCAAUCACUCGAUCGAAUCGAUCGUGAAACAGACGAUCUUCAACGUGCAUCAAAAUUAUUUUCUUCAUCAUCAAAAACUGCUGUCGAUCAUCGAUCAAUAACAAAGAAAUCAAAAAAUUCUACAGCAUCAGAUCCGACUAAAACUAAUUCUACAACAAUUAAUGAGGCAACAUUUGCUGCGACAUCAAAUGGUGAAAAUAUAUCUGUCAAAGGAAAACAUCGAUUAGCUAAUGAUGUUGAACGUGUUGUUCAAGAACAUUUAACAUAUGUUCGAGAAGAAAUGUGUGAUGGAUGGGAUUUAAUACAUGAAGAAGGUAAAAUGAAAGUCUAUCGACGUGAAGUCGAAGAAAAUGGAAUUGUUGUUGAUCCAUUAAAAAUUUUUCAUUCAAUUCAAGGUGUUACUGGUCAUGAAAUUUGUCAUUAUUUUUGGGAAUAUCAAUAUCGUAUGGAAUGGGAAACAACACUUGAUUCAACAAAAAUUAUUGAAGCAUUAGAUCAAGAUACAGUUAUCUUUUUUCAAAUGCAUAAACGUGUAUGGCCAACUGCUCAACGUGAUUCAUGUUUUUGGUCUCAUAUUCGUUGUAUAUCAAAUUCUGAAGAAGAUCAACCAACAUGGCUUGUUGUUAAUUACACUACUCCACAUCCUCUUGCACCUAUAAAACCACCUCAAGUUCGUCUUAUUGCAAAUGUUGCUAUGAUAUGUGAAACAAUUAUUAAUGAACCACCAUUAAAUCCAAAAGAUAUUAAACGAGAAAAUAUUCAAUGUAAACUAGCAUAUGUUGCUUUUGUCAAUCCUGGCGGUUGGGUACCCAGUGCAGCAGUGAGAAAUGUGGCUAAACGUGAAUAUCCUCGUUUUCUGAGACGUUUCACAAGUUAUGUUAUCGAGCAAACGCGUGAUAAACCUAUUCUAUUUUGA